CGUGCCCAAAUAAACGAUCAGUGUAGCUCAACUCCUGCUUCAGUAAGCAGGGAGGACAUCCCCCGUCCCAAAAUUAACACGCUUACAAACAAGCUCAACUCGAGGGUCGUAGGGAUACUUGUAGAUGGACAGCCCAGAUCCAGUACAUUCUCUAAAGAUUCAAUCCCUGCCGUCCAUCCUCUUAGCAUUUUUAAGUAGAAAAAUUAAACAUGAUUUUUUUUUUUUGGUGGACAUUCACGACCAGCCUUUGAGGAAAGUAGUGGGUAUUCAUUUUCCCUUAUUCCCUGGAACCGCUUAGGUUGUGUUUGAGAAAAGGUUGCCUGACUUUCACCCCUCAAGACGUUCUCCCUCGCCGCACUUAUUUGAGCUUGCCUUCUCUGUUCCUCUGAGCUUCCCAACACUAUCCCUCUUCUUUGUUCUCUCGCCUCCCUUGUUUAUUCCAAGCAACCCUGAGGAAGAGAAAGCCCGUUUGUUGGUUCCAACCAACCCUCGACGAAGAGAAAGUCCGAGAUGCCUGUUGAAGAGAUUGAAGCCACGAAUGAUUUCUAAGAAAUUCAGCAGCCGGGAUUUUCUUGGGGAAACUGCAAAGAAAGUUAUCAUACACACCCUAGAGAGAGGAGAAAGAGGGAAAGGGGAGAAAUACUAAAGCUUGAAUAGUACGCACAUAUCCACGUGCUGGCUCAACUUGGCUCAGUCUUCACUUCAUUAAGCAAAUGUUAGAUCAUUGGGACACUAAAAGCUUUGAAAAGGUACAAGAUUGGAAGGGAAACCUCAAUAUUCAAUUUAGAAGGCUCUUAUCUGGGUCGUCCAUCUAGGAUUCCAAAAGUUGGUUUAUGCAAUGGGCUUGGAGUUUUGCCCCGACUGUGGUAUGAUACUUGAGCUUGAUACUGGCGGCAAGCGUGUCUGGUUAAGAUGUCCCACCUGCCCAUAUGUCUAUCCCAUCCAGAGAAAGAUUAGUAAGAAAGUUCCAUUGCAGAACAAAGAAGUAGAACCCAUAUUCAGUGCUGAUGAAGCCAUUAAAAGUGCUCCUAAAACUGAAGCUACCUGUCCAAGAUGCUGUUUUGGGCAAGCAUAUUACUUUCAAAUGCAAAUACGAUCAGCAGAUGAACCCAUGACCACAUUCUACAUGUGUGCCAAUUCGUCUUGCCAAAAGCAGUGGCGUGAGGACUGAUUGCUCUCCCACUUUUUGUUCUUGAAUGGAUGCGUACUAGAAACUUCCAUGGGAGAGAUGUUGAGAACAGAAUGAUGUAUGGCCUUCUCAAAAAGGGUGAUGCUUAUAUGAGGUGCUCUCCCUCUUUAUACCAUAGAAGUAAUGCGCCUCUCUAAAUUGUGCUAUGGAGAUAGUUUUGGUGUUGGAAACCAAAUAGAUGGUUUGAAAAUCCUGUUUUUCUACCAUAGUUAUGAAAUUUAAACUUCAUAAGCUAUAUGGAUCUAGCAGAUCUAUGAAUAUGUGAAAAUCUUGAAAAAUAGAUAGUCUAGAUACCUUGUUCACAGGAUGCACUAAUUUUUAGGAUAGAAAAAGUUUAUAUAAGGUUUGAC